UUUUAGUAUAAAAGUGAAAGUGUCUCGGUAUCAAAAUUAGUUAUUAAACAUAAUGAAAUUAAUUUGGAUCUUAGCACUUUUCGCUGUAUCAGUCUCGGCAUAUCCUCUCGAGGAUGAUACACACAUCAACGGUGAAAACGGUUGGUAUGUGCCACAAAUAGAUGGUUCCUUUGUUUGGAUGGACAAAGAAGAGGCUGAAUCCAAAUUGGCUGAAUUAGAACAACAGGAGACAUUAGAAGGACGCGCUCUUACAACUGUACCAGUGAAAUACUAUUUGUACACCAAAUCUAAUCAAUACACUCCACAAGAAAUCACUGCAACCAAAAAAUCAAUUACUGCCUCUCAUUUCAAUGGCAAGAACCCAACCAGAUUCGUUAUACAUGGUUGGACUCAGAGCUACAAUGAUCCAAUGAACUCCGGUAUUCGUGAUGCUUGGUUGAGCCAUGGAGAUCACAAUAUCAUUAUUGUUGAUUGGGGACGUGCACGUUCUGUUGACUAUGCCUCCUCUGUUAUAGCUGUACCUGCUACUGGCAAAAAAGUCGGCAGCAUGAUUGAAUAUUUGCACAAGAGCCAUGGCAUGUCUCUAGAAACUUUGGAUGUUAUUGGUCAUAGUUUGGGUGCUCAUGUUGCUGGUUAUGCAGGUAAAAGUGUAACCUCCGGUGAAGUGCACACCAUUGUUGGUUUGGAUCCUGCUUUACCUCUAUUCAGUUACGACAAGCCAGAUAAGCGUCUAAAUUCAGAAGAUGGUUUCUAUGUUGAAUCCAUUCAAACUGAUGGUGGUAAACUUGGUUUCUUGAAACCAAUUGGUAAGGGUGCUUUCUAUCCAAAUGGCGGUAAGUCACAACCAGGUUGUGGUAUUGAUGCUACUGGUAGCUGUGCACAUGGACGUUCCGUUACAUACUACAUUGAAGCCGUGAAAGAAAAUGAUUUCCCCACCAUGAAGUGCGGUAAUUACGAGGAAGCCGUAGCUAAAUCAUGCGGUAGCUCAUACAGUUCCGUACGUAUGGGUGCUGUUUCUAACGCAUACAUGGUUGCUGGAGAUUAUUACGUACCUGUCAACAGCAAAGCUCCUUUCGGCAAAGCUGCUUAAGUGAAUUUCAAACUAUUUUAUCAUUUUUAAUAAAGUAAUAAACAAUAAAACCUUACACAAACCUU